AUGUCAAAGGAUCUCUUUAAAUAUAUUUACAUAAAUUCUAUUGAUGAGAGUUAUAUAAAAUGCUUACAUGAAAGGAAUGUAGCUGAAAUAAGGGUUUCCUACAAAUUAAUUGAAAGUCAGAUAAAACAUUUAUAUUCUUAUAUGAAGAAGGGGCUUAAAAUAUGUGAUAAUGAAGAUAGAGAAUCUCAAUUAGACAAGCUCAUUGAAAAGAUAAAUCUAUUGAAAAAUGACGUAUUAAUAGUAAAGUCCAACUGUGAGCAACUAAUUGAGGCUACUAUCAGAAUACUUAGAUCCUUUAAAAAUAAAAGGUAUUUGGAUGAAUCAUGGGUUAAUAAAAAUUUUAAUUUCAAAAAUAUGACACAAAUAACUAAUAAGAUAUUAUUGGAUUAUUUUGAUCGUAGUAGAAAUUAUCCAAACACAAGAUGUAAAUUGUUUGAAAUAAUUAAAAAGUCCUAUGAAGAUAAUCAUAGUAACCUUAUUUGUAAUGAUAAACAAAUUAAUCAGAGCAAUAUUUAUAAUAAUAAUAUAGAAUCAUCCAAUAUAGAUAUUCAGAGUGAAGAAAUAAUUGAUAAUUACUUAUUAUUUGAAGAGUAUGACAAAAUUUGUAACUCUUUGAUAAACUUGAAUGAAACAUCACAUGCUUUACAAUGGAUAAGUUCUCAUAAAUCUAAAAUAAAUAAAAGUAUAAAAUAUAAAGAACCUUAUACACUGUUAGAAGUACAAUUACAAAUUCAAAAUGCUGCAAAAAAAUUCAUUAAAAGUGUACAAAGUGAGACUUCAAAUCCAUUUAUAGUAUUAAAUAUGAUUAUUCAAAAUAUGAAAGAUUUGAUAGAUUUAGAUUUAUACAGUUUACAUGGAAAUGAAAUAAAGGAAUUUAUUAUUUCAUGUUUAUUCUCAAUUAAGAAGCAAAAGUGGAAUAUAAAUACUGGUAUAGAAUAUGAAGAUACAGAUAAUAUAAAUUUAAUAUCCAAGUAUUUUAAAUUAAGUAGAUGGGAGAAUAUAUUAGAGCAAUUUAAAAGAACUUGGUUUUGGGUAUAUGGAUUUCCAAAAAAAUGUACUUUAUUAAGAUUAAUGGAUAUAGGUUUCUCAGUAUUAAGUACCAGUAUUUGUAGACAUAGAAUCACAGCUAAUUGUCCUAGCUGUAGUGCAUAUAGUGAAGAUUACAUUGGUAAACUUCCAUUAACUCAUAGGUUACAAAGUUUUAUAAUUUGUCCAAUAACUGGAGAGUUUAUGGAUGAUAAUAAUCCUGCCUUUGUAUUACCAAAUGGUUACAUUAUAUCUAAAAAUGUGUUAUUUCAAAUUUUUAAAAAUUCAAAUAUUAAUAAAAAUUUUAAAAGACUUUAUCUUGUAUAA